CCUGGCCACGAUACGAUACGAUACGAUCGAUCUGUCGCUCAUUCCACACGAAUCGGUAUUGUAUAUAUAGGAACUAUACAGAUUCCAUAGUUUUUGUGCAAAAAUAUAAAACGCCUACAGAAUGGAUCGCCAGAGCCUAGCAACCUUUGUCAGUCCGUACAAGUGCCGUCCAUGGAUGACGAGCACUGGAGCCGCUGCCCCAAGCGGUGGGGGCAAGGGCCUCAAGGGCAUUGUGGCGGGCGGCAUCACGGGCGGCAUUGAGAUCUGCAUCACCUAUCCCACCGAGUACGUGAAGACACAGCUGCAGCUGGACGAGAAGGGUGCCAACAAGCGAUACAACGGCAUCGCGGAUUGCGUGAAGAAAACAGUGCAGCAGAGGGGAUUCUUCGGCCUUUACCGAGGCCUGAGUGUGCUCCUCUACGGCAGCAUACCCAAGUCGGCAGCGAGAUUUGGAGCCUUCGAGUACCUGCGCGGACACGCCGUCGAUGCCAAUGGACAGCUGUCGACGGCCGGAAAACUCCUCUGCGGCCUGGGAGCGGGUGUCUGCGAGGCCGUUCUGGCCGUGACGCCCAUGGAGACCAUCAAGGUGAAGUUCAUCAACGACCAGCGCAGCGCCAAUCCCAAGUUCAAGGGAUUCGCCCACGGCGUCGGACAGAUCGUCAAGGCGGAGGGCAUCAGUGGGGUGUACAAGGGCCUCACGCCCACCAUCCUGAAGCAGGGCUCCAACCAGGCCAUCCGCUUCUUCGUCCUGGAGUCCCUCAAGGACCUGUACAAGGGCGACGAUCACAACAAGCCGGUGCCCAAGCUGCUGGUCGGUGCCUUCGGUGCUGUGGCCGGAGCCGCCUCUGUUUUCGGCAACACACCUCUGGACGUCGUGAAGACGCGGAUGCAGGGGCUCGAGGCGUCCAAAUACAAGAACACCGCCGACUGCGCCAUGAAGAUCCUGAAGAACGAGGGCGUGGGGGCCUUCUACAAGGGCACGGUGCCGCGUCUGGGACGCGUCUGCCUCGACGUGGCCAUCACGUUCAUGAUCUAUGACUCGUUUAUGGAUCUCUUCAACACGGUCUGGAAGUAGAGAGACCCGAGACGAGUGGGAGGAGGCUUUUAGUGUUAGUUCCGAUCCCUCUGAACCCCUGACCUAGUCGACUGCUAGUUUGCUUCAUUCAUCCGACAUAUUCCACUGGAAAGAGCAUUUCUAUGGUUACGUUACGUUACGUACCGUUACGUCCUAUUGCGUAUCAAUUAUACAUAAUAUUUGUAGAGAAGAAGAGAGCAUUUAACAACGAAUCGGAAGAAGUGUA